CACAUCCAGCGGAAGUAAACAAAACAAGCGCUAGCUGCGUUAGCUCCACGGAUGUGUGCAUUUAGCGGCUGGAUGAUGGUGUAGUUUUCGACAAUAAAUAGACGUAAUUAGACAACAAUGUGUUCAGUUGAGUCUCUGAGAGAGUUUGUCAACGAGCGACUAACUGCUGCUGCUGAAGAAAUAUUGGGAGUUUUUAAAAGAAGCAUCGUCGAGUACGAGGAAGAGAUCGAUCGUCAGCGCAGACUGUUGGAUAUCGUUUUGAAGCCUGAAAUAAAGUUACACAGGACAGAGCUCCCACAGCAACAUGUGUGUAAGGAGGAGGAGGUUGUCACUGAGCAGCAGCUCUGUAUUGAGGAGAGGAAGUCCAGUGUGGACCAAGAGGAGCCAGAGCCUCCACAGAUUAAAGAGGAAGAGGAGGAAGUGUGCAGCAGUCAGGAGGGAGAGCAGCUUGUAGUGAAGCAGGAGACUGAUGGCUUCAUGUUGACUCCUGCUGAUGAGGAAAGUGAGCAGAGUGAACUAGACACAAACAGUGACCAUCAGCUCCUCGCUUGCAACUCACAUGUAUCUGAGAGCCAAGAUCAGAAAGAAGACAAACAUGGAGACUCAGGAUCAACUAGAAAUGUAGAGCUUCAACCAAAUGAAAGACAUUAUGAAAGUGAAAGUCACACUAACAAUGUAUAUGACUCAACAAUUUCAAAUAUGCACAGCAAUAUUCAAACAGGUGGAAAAUCUGUCACAUGUGACACUUGUGGGAAAGCUUUCAAGUUUAAGUCCCACUUGCAUAACCACCUGAGACUCCACACAGGUGAGAAGCCAUUUUCUUGCAAAACAUGUGGAAAUGCUGUACCACAUGAGAAUCCACACAGGUGAGAAGCCGUACCUUUGCAACACCUGUGGGAAAAGACUCACAUGACUGCGUUGAAAAGGCAUAUGAGAAUCCACACAGGUGAGAAGCCAUUUACUUGUGAAAUAUGCGGGAAAGAUUUCAGAACUUGCAGUAACUUGACACUCCACAUGAGAAUCCACAGUGAUGAGAAGCCCCAUACUUGUGAAACAUGCGAGAACGAUUUCAGGCGUAAUGCUGACUUGACAGUACACAUGAGAAUCCACACAGGUGAGAAGCCGUAUACUUGUAAAACAUGUGGGAGAGCUUUCAGAACAAUCAGUAACUUGACCCUCCACAUGAGAAUCCACACUGGAGAGAAACCACAUACUUGCAAUACAUGUGGGAGAGAUUUCAGAACAAUCAGUAACUUGACCCUCCACAUGAGAACGCACACAGGUGAGAAGCCAUAUUCAUGCAAAACGUGUGGGAAAGCUUUCAGACAGAAUAGUGCCUUGAAAGUCCACAUGAGAAUCCACACUGUUGAGAAGCCUUAACUUUGCAAGAUGUGCAAGAAGAGACACUUAAAAGUAUAUUAACUGGCAAGGAAUAUGUAGCAACUCAGUGUGUAACGACUGUGCCCACUGUAAUAAAUGUGCACAGUGUAAUAAUUUAAAUGUAAUAAAAGUUUAGAAUGUAAUGAUCUGCACUUAAUGCAAGAAAACCACAAGCACAUGACAUACUAACAGUUUUGUGCAUCAUUUCCAAAGUUUUUACAUUACAACAAAAUUAUUACAGUUUAAACUCAGCAAAAGAAAAAGUCAUAAAGUCAGCACAUUGAGUAAUAUUCUAAAAGAAGAAUUCUCCUCUUAUCCUCUUAAAACACAUGGAACCCCUCUAGUUCUACAUGACACGAGUGGAGUCUUUAAUUUAAAGCAACUGGACUUUUUCUGUUUUGUCGAGAAGACAUUUUGGACCCUCUUAAACAUGUAACAAAAACCAAGGACUACAAAAUAUCUAGUGACCUGUAAGAAUGAAGUUCUUUACAGAGAUGAUGCUAUAUUUUAGCAUGUGAAAUAAUUGUUCCAUACUUAAAAAUUCCAAUUACUUUAAAUGUUAGCUGAUCUAAGCAGCAAAUCGUGUUAGAAAGCAAUCUACAAAAUCAUGUGUCUCACUUUGGCCGCUAGAUGGCUCUAAUCAGUGAAGCACUUCAUGUUGCACAAGGGAGAAGUUCUAAUCAACAUUAGCCCCUAAGCAGUUAAAGGCAAAUUUAAUCUGCUUAAUUAAAAGUGUUUCGUCACUGGCAACUAGUAAGUUGCCUGUGUUGCCUUUUAUAUCAUUCAGUGACACUUCUAUAAAUUCUUUUUUUGCGAGUCUGUGACUAGAGUGCAGGUGGAACUCUGUACGCUCACACCAAAAGCUUCAUGAGCGCCAGCGGUCGCUCAGGUUGCUGGCAUCGCGCUGCCUGGCAGCUCUGGCAGGGCUUGCAGAAGGCUGCCAAGGGGCGGGGCUUUCAAGCUGCGCUGCAGAAGAUCUCUUUCUUUCUUUCUUUCACUGUCCCGCCUUGAGAAUAUUCACGGUCUGCAAUUGGCUGCUGCUUGCUGCUGCUUCGGCGGCUGCGCUGCUCAUUUGCAUAAAGUUGAGCUUCUCUCAACUUCACAGUGAUGCUCCGGUCGCUGGCAUCGCGCUGCUCGCUGCUGCCGACGCUCCAGACGCCCUUCGUAGCAAGCGUACAUUGAAAAUGAAUGGCUGCCGGCCGCUUGUGACGCUUUUGGUGUGAAUGCACAGAUAAUCUGUCUCUGUCCAGUGUGAAACUCCGGUUUAUUGUGAUGUAUCAGAUCAGUCCCAUCAGAGGCAGCGUCCAGUCCAUCCAAUGUAGGGGCGUGUCGGCCGACAAGAGACUUCUGUGAGGGCUGCUCUCAUGUAUCUUCGCCCCUCACACAUCGCUCAUCACAGAUCCCUUCACUCCUCAAAGUACAAUCAGGUACUGUAUAUAACAAAGAACGGUCAUGACAGGGGCGAUUCUAGGAUCAGAGGUUUAGGGGUGCUGAGCACCCAGAGAGCUGCCCGGCCAGGCAAGAUAAAUUUCACUGUUUUGUACAUUUUAACUCAAUUUCAUUCCCACAUCUGUGAAAGAAAAGCACGACACUUUUUGGGAAAGUCUGUGACUAAACCAUCAAAUCUGAUAAAGGUUAUUUAAAUGCUGAGCCACAGCAAAAGAGGAAUGGAUUGGAAUCAUAAAAGAAACAUAUCGUAACCCUAAUUUCUGGGGGAAGACAACUCAUUUUGAUACAGCAGCUCCUCAACUGCUGUAUUUUUGUUGUUAAAAUAUUACGUUUCAACCAAGUACUGUAUGGUUUUGACACUUUUCUAGCUUGUUAAAAAAGGACAUGCAGUAAAAAAUAAUAAAAAACAAUCUCUCAAAUUUUAGGGGUGCUGGGAUUCAAUUUAGGGGUGCUUCAGCAGCCCCAAAAAUGGGCUAGAAACACCUAUGGGUCAUGACGUCAGUGACGGUGUUAGAGGAGCCAGACUGGUGCCAUUUCUCACCCUAAGUGGAAGUCUGAGCUAACUAGCGAUAAGGAGGCGACAUGACCAGUCAUUGUUGAGAGAAACUUUGAUUUUCGCACCUAAGAACUGAUUAGUAAGUUAUACCAACGCUUAAUGGCAACUUGAGGCAUUGAAGUUCGAGAGCCAGUGACAUAAAGCCUUCACGUAAAGUGGAAAAUACAGCUGUUUAAGCAAGUUUGUGGGGAAAGUAGCCAGCGUCAACUAGCGCUAAUUAGCUAGUGCUAACACCUGAGAACGGCUAUACCAUAUCCCUACAGCUACCUGCAUCCAUGACACCUGCCUCCAUGUAUAGGAAAAGAGGUAAGGACAGAGGAAGAGUAAGGGCCUGCAAGGUGGACAGGAAUCUCUUUGCCCUCAUAAGUAACAACGUACCUGCUGUUGGUGCAGAGAUGGAAGUCAACGCCAUGGGGCGACACUCUUAUACGUGGCCUCAAAAUCUUGACCCCUGACUGGGUGCCAAUACCUGACUCCAAGUCGAGCAGUCCCGCAGCGAAGAAAGUGAAACCUGAGCCUACUCUGGUCGAGCUGCAGGACAAUAUCGUAAGGCUGUUGGAGAAAAUAGAUGAAAGAGCUGAUGGGCUGGAAAAGAAGGCUGAUGCGCUGGAGAAAUUGACUCAACAUGACGCAGCAAGUAUUGACGCUUUGAAAGAAAAUGCAGAGUUCCUCUUCAAAGAAAUUCAAGACAUGAAAAAAGAUGUAACCACUGUGAAGACGGUAACUAUUGACCAUGAGAGGAGAAUCUCUGAGUUAGAGGACAAGGUGAAUGAUGCUGAAAUUGACUUUGUACAUGCAAUUUAUUUGUAAAGAAAAACUAAAAACCCUACUUGCAGACUACAGUAUUCUUAAUGAACAUUUAUUAUAUAAAAGUGAAAACAUUGACACAUGUAGUGAAUGUAUUGUAAACAAACAAUGCAAGAAAAUGGGUUCACAAAAGUGCCGUAGAGGAUUGUACGGAAGACAAGAACGGCCAUGUAUUAUUCUUUUUUUGUGCACUGUUAUCUCGAGAUAACGACUUAUUAAUUCGUUAUCUUGAGAUAACAAAGAUUGUUAUCUAACCAUAUGAGUCCUUUUCAUUUUUAUACAAUUUAUUGCUGCAUUUUGAAAGCAAAAAGAGUUAAGUUUUUUGGGGUUAUGUUAUAUCAGGGGUGUCAGCUU